AUGGAAAUCUUGCAGCAGGGUGACAGUGUAAUUCUGGAUCGCUCUGUAUAUUCCGGCAUUGCGUAUACGCUGCAGGACGAGCAAAGUAGAGCGGCGGCGGCGGGGGAAGAUUCCAUCGGAUAUGAUGCAGUGGCGCGGUACUGCCGCGAGAAGGAGGGCGAGGCGUUGCUCAAGCCCGACCUGUUGCUGGUUGUCUCGAAUCCCAACGCCGGGGACCUGUGCAAAGAGCGGUUUUCUGCGGACGAGAGAUUUGAAGAUCCAGUGACUCAGAACGAAAUUGCGAAAAUCUUUCGUAAAAUCGUGGACGAGGAGAAAACGAUAUAUGGUGGGCGAAUCAAGGAGGUCGUCGUGAACGAGGACAUGAAUGAGCAAGAGCUCUUCGAAGAGGUCCGCGAGAUGGUGGAAAACGAAGCCCGGCAGUUUAUCCCAGUGCGAGACAUGUCGUGGGUCUGGCCACGGGACCUGCAGCACUGACAAAGAACGUGGUCUGUCCAGAUUCACGCCUGAAUGGGUGCACCACCAGAGUUUUAUUUCUUUGAAUUCCCCACAAUCGGAAUCCGAAUCGCUGGACCGCAAGCACAACCAGCACUAAACCUGCUUCGUUUUUACUUGUGUUGAUUCUACCCCGGCCUGCAUUGCACUUCAGCUUCAGAAGGGUUCGAUCAAGGCGCAUACAGUUCCCGCCUUUAUUCCUUGAUAUUUCCAAUGAGCCUUUCAUUCCUGGAAUCUACGUGCGCAUGUAACUUGCAUCUUCAAAUCCAAGUAAGUUUACUUUACCUAGGAUUAUUUUCCGAGGCGGAGUGCAUUGCGGUUACAGUUGAAACUACGAGCACCUCCUCCCUGGUGCUCGUUUGUACAUAUCAUUUGCUAUGGAUCUCGCCACUGUAUAUGAGAGAAGGCCGUCGAGACGCGAAGGAUGGAAUACUACAAAAC